AUGGAGAUGGAACAAGGUUGGAACUUGAAGCAGAACAAUAGUCAUCACAAAAACUUCAAGUUCGUAGAAAGAAAGAAAGUUAAAUGGUCUCCACCUCCAUCCAGACGGAAAAAGUUGAAUUUCGAUGGAGCUAGUAGAGGUAAUCUGGGUUUAUCUGGGUUUGGAGCGGUUGUUAGAGAUGAGAAAGGAAGUUUAGUUGGUGCCAUUUGUGGCCCUGCGAGUGUGGCUACAAAUAACAUCACAGAUAUCACAACAUUAGAAGAAGGAUUUAAAUUGGUGUGUUCUAACAGAUUUAUGAAAGUAACGAUUGAGGGUGAUUCUCAAAUUAUACUAAAUGGGAUCAUCAAAAACAGCUUCACGAAUUGGAGAUUAAAUGCUUGGAUCCCAAGGAUUAAAUCCUUGAUGGAUAAGUUGCUAGAUUAUCAAGUCCACCACAUCUACCCUGAGGGCAAUAAAGUGGCAAACUUUCUUACCAACAAAGGAAUUUCUGAGUCUAGGCUAGUAGUCAUGUCGUCGGCUGAGGCAGGGUUCAAAGAUCUUCAGAAGAUUUUGUACAUUAAUAGCAAGCACAUCCCAAGGAUGGGAAUUGGGUAA